CGGGCCGUGCAAGUCCAUGUUUGUCCCAUGCACACAAUGUCAUGUACGCGACAGACAGACAGAGAACAAAGACACCACACACACACACGAUAGCCAUGCACCUGCACAUAUGCAGCACCCGGACGCCUCUUCACAGUCAAUGAAGCCUCCACUUGACUCCAUGUACAUCUAUUCAUCACCCCACCUCACCGCACCAAGAUGCACACAUUCGGACGGAAAGAAUACACACACAUCCCACGGCUGUAUCUGUCUGCCCCGCGGCUGUAUCUGUCUGUACACCUACGAAGACGCAUAAACAAACGGCUGCGGACCCCUUGAUUGUGUCACGCUACCGGCCGGAAGGCUCCUACGGCUGUCUACGAUUGGAAAGCUGGAUGGCUGUCUGUGUGGACAGCAUUUCUUGUCGCCAAUACUAGUUCUGAUGGCGAUGCACUGCAGGCAGAAACAAACACAAAAGACGAGAGGAGAAAAGAGAGCAGUCCCAGCAAUGCAUCCAUCUGUUUAUCUGUCUGUCCACCUGUCCCUGCGCACCUGUGGGUCGGUCUUCCCGUCUCUCCUUACUCACUGCGUGGUGCUGCAGUGCAGUCGGUUGCCAAAGAGAUGUGGAACUGGGGACCUGACCUGCCGCCUGAUCGAACACCCACCCAAGCAACAUACGUGACUCGUGUAUUGCGGUCUCUCUGUGGACGCACCUUUUUCUGUCUUCAGAUUGACGACGCGCAGUGGGUAGAGCGGCGGCAGGAGGAUCUCCUCUUCGUGUGUGUAGAAGGAUAUGCGCGACAGCAGCCGGGGGGCGUACACGUGCACACGCUGCUGUUGGCGGCACGGCUCCAGCGAUAUCCGAAAGAACACAUUCAUGUACGCCAAGCCCCAGGGCAUACUGAACUUGAACCCGCCGCCAUGCCGCCCUGGCCGGACAUCGAAGUUCACCGUCGCGAUCUUUUCCGCCAAGCCUCCGGUGAAGUUCUUUCCCAACGAUUCGCUGAGUGUGGUAGAGGCGAAGGUCGGCCACGAGACCCGCAUGCCCUUCUGGUACGCGAGAUCGAUGAGCCGUCGCGAUGCCGUCGCUAUGCGAUAGACGUCGUCGUAGUCGUCCAGGCUGGAGGGCACCAGGCUGUCCAGAUGGGUCAGGUCCGAUCGGAAGAACACACGGAAGAGCGUCGCGAUCCGAUGGGCCGCUGCUGCAUCUGUCCAGCGCUUCUCUGGCGAUGCGAGGGCUUUGUUGACAUAGGUCAAGCUGCCCAAACUGUACAGGACGAACAGGUCCCUCCCGACUCCCAGCCACCGCUCCGUCAGCUGCUUCAGCACGCUAUUAACCUCUCUAUGCGGGGACUGGCCAUAAGUGUCACGCCAUAGCCGCGCGAAGGCGGUCUGGAAGCUCAAUUGCAGUGGGUGCAACGACGCGUCGGUGUGGAAAAUUUCCAUAAACGCAGGGGGCACUCCCGUGGACUCGGAGGACUGCUUCUGGAUGAGCUUGCGCAGCUGUUCCUGUGCGUCGAGCAGGCCGGUGAGGUGGUCCUUGAGUGACCGGAAAUGUUCCGAGCUCUCGGUGUAGUUGUAGUCGCCGUAGUCCAUUUCCUGCACACUUCCUGUCGUGUAGUCAAUACUUACUUUCCUAUGGACAGCAAUUUGUGCACACGCAUAUAGACACAAACACAAUUGCUGUCCACAGGUAUCUAAUGUCCCACGUGCCCUCUCACAAUGUCUGCAUUUCGACGGCGUCCGUGGCAUCAAUCAACUCAGGGCCGAUCGUGAAUGCCGUGUUGUUGGCGAACAUGUCUGGCACAAUGUCAGUCCUCGGCGGCCAGCUCAACUGUCCGGCGCUGUAGAAAGACGGCAGGCUCUUGCUUGCACUGAAGGGCAGGAAACACGCAGGAAGAGAGACGCCGAAUGCGAGCCAAUCAAAUGCGUACGGAUGCAUGGACGGGACGGGUGUCACCUGAACCGAGGCCGGAAGAGGCUGAACGCGCCGCAUCGCAGAGAAGUCAU